AUGAAGAAGCCGGUCCAAGAGCGAUACAACGCCAAGGCGCGUCGCUCAUCCGUCGGCGGCUCUUCUCACAAGAACAAGCGCUCCUUACGCCAACGAGAGGCAGACGCUUACGAUUCCAAUGCACAGCUCAUCGUCCCUGGCAGCGAGGAGGAUGUCAGGAGGAAGCAAGCAGAACAGCAGCGCAAGCAGCUGCUCGAAUCCUCGGGUCAAGAUGCAUCGGCUCCCAUGUCCUCAAAGAAGCGCAAGCGUCUCGACGCUUAUAUCGCCUCGCGCCUCAAGAAGGAAGAGCGCGUCAGGAUCAUGCAGAAGUUAGCACAGAGCUCCGCCGAGAUCGACCGCACCACGCUCAAGUCAGCAGCCACACUCGGAACGGGUCGCGCGAAGACCAUGGAGGAGCGCAUUGAGACCGCCGGCCAAAAGACAGAUCGCGGCAGCGGCAAGCGAAGAAGGAGGACCAUGAACGGCGCCGCCAUGCAGAUCGAGGAGGACGACGACGAUGCCGACCUGGAUGACAUGGAUCAGGCACAACGUUAUGAGGAUGACGAUGAUGACCACGAGGGCCAUUUCACACCACCCGAGGACGUAGAGGAUGACGGCGAAGACCAUGGACCGGUCGGCGAGGUAGAGGAGGAUCCAGCACGCAGAGCAAGAAUCAUUGCCGCUGCGAGCCUGUUCGACAAGUCCAAGCAGCCACCGACCAACGCCGCAUCCGCUUCGACUUCCGCACCGCUUCCAGGCUCAGCUCUUGCCUCUGCACUCGGAUCUGCUCUGGCCAAGGACGCCAACGGCAAUCCCAUCAUGCCCACCAUGCGAAAGCGAACCAAGAAGCCCAAAGCAUCCCGCGUCACCGCAGCUACAAGACUGCAGCAGGCCCGCGAGAGUGACUCGAGCUUCGACAGCUCCGAGUCAGAGUCUGACUCUGCAUCUGCGUCAAGCUCAAGACUGCCUCCAGCUUCGACUGCGGAUAGGGAUGUCAUCGGACCUGCUCCACGCGCUUCGCUGUCGAGAAAGAAUCAGGAGAAGCGUCUGGCGCUCGAACGCGACCUCAAGGGCAAAGGCAAAGCGGUCUCAUCAGGGCCUGGAUGGGCUCAAGACGACUCGGGAGACGAUGCGGCCGAGCCUGUGGCACAUCAUAUCGCCGGCGAGUCCGACCAGGAUAUGCACGAUGACGACGACGGCGACUCGGAUCUAGGUUCAGAGGAACCGGACACCGACGAAGACGAAGAAUCCAUCUUCCUCGAAGCUAUGCGUCGUCGAGGUCUCCUCCCGGCCGAUGCUACCUCCCUCGACGAAGAUGUUGCGACUGCAUCUGGAUCGGCCAGCAGCUCCGCUCUUCCCACGGCCAAGUCAAUAUCGUUGGCUGCGGAAGAGCAAGAAGCAGGCUCCGAGGAAGAGGACGAAGACGACGAUGACGAUGAAGACCACGAUUCUGACGAUGGCGAAGAAGACGACGAAGAUGAGGAUGACGAUGAGGAAGACGAAGAGGAGGACGAAGAGGAGGACGAAGAGACUCAGGAAUAUCGAUCUCGUCGCAGAGGCAUCGGCACCACUAAGCGCAGCUCUGGCUUCAAAGACUGGGCGCGUGCUGCGGUCGGUAUCGGAGGUUCCGCUUCCAAGGCUGCCAAAGCUGAUGCCGGGCAAGGUGAUCAGACCAAUGACGUGGACGAGGACGACACUACAUACAAUCUCGAGCCUGUCGGAGGCUUCAAGAUCAAAGUCAGCGAUAUCAUGCCCAAAGACGGCAUUGCGCGCGGUCCCCUUGGUCGAGACCAGGAGAACGUCAGGGAACGUUCCGCUUUUGCCAACAAGCACUACACCGAGCUUGAGGCUGCCAAGGCCUCCAACGACGCCACCACGGAGGACUCAAAGUCAACUGACGCCACCACAUCCCCCUCGAAGCUGCUCACGCACGUCGAGGUGCAGCGUUCAGAGCAGCUCACCGUAGCACGAUUGCGUCUGCCCGUCGUCGCCGAGGAAGACACCAUCGUCAGGACGAUCAUGGAGAACACCGUCACCGUCAUCUGUGGUGAGACCGGCUCGGGUAAGACUACGCAGGUGCCGCAGUUCCUCUACGAAGCCGCGUUCGGCUCUUCUGGCAGUCUCAACCCAGGCAUGAUCGGUGUCACUCAACCACGACGAGUCGCCGCCGUCAGCAUGGCCCAGCGUGUCGCCUCCGAGCUCAACUUGCCUGCGAAUCGCGUCUCACAUCAGAUCCGAUACGAUGCCACUGUCAGCCCCAACACGGCCAUCAAGUUCAUGACCGAUGGUGUGCUACUGCGAGAGCUGGCGACCGACUUCCUUCUCACCAAGUACAGCGCCAUCAUGGUCGACGAGGCGCACGAACGCAGCAUCAACACCGACGUGCUUAUCGGCGUGCUCAGUCGUGUCGUGCGUCUUCGUGAGAAGCGCUGGCUCGAAGGUGUCGCCGAUGCCAAGCCACUGCGUCUCAUCGUCAUGAGUGCCACGUUGCGUGUGUCGGACUUUACGGAGAACACGACGCUCUUCCCCUCACCGCCUCCUGUGAUCAACAUCGGCGCACGUCAGCAUCCCGUCACCGUGCACUUCAACCGCAAGACCGUCCAGGACUACAUCACCGAGUCGGUCAAAAAGGCCACCAAGAUCCAUGCACGACUGCCACCGGGAGGCAUCCUCAUCUUCUUGACGGGUCAGCAGGAGAUCACGACCGUCUGCAAGAAGCUCGAGCAGCGAUUCGGCAGGAAGGCGCUCGAGCAGAAGAGGAAGAACCGGGAGCGCGUCCAGGGCAAGUUCAAGAAUCGUCGCGAAGAGGAUGGGGAUGAUGCGAAGAAGGUCGAGGGUGGCUCCGGUGCCAGUGUCAAGAUCACCGCGAGGGACGGUGACGUCGAAGCAGAAGAAGUGGAUCUCGGCUUGGACCGCGACCUGGCUGCUGAUGUCGACGACGGAGCCAUGGCCGGCGAUGACGAUCCAGACGCCCUCGACACGGACGACGAAGCCGACGGAAGCGACAGCGAAGCCGAAGCUCGCCACGACGACGACCUACCCGACGAGCUCAAGGACGACAGCGAUGUGCCCAUGCACAUCCUUCCCCUCUACUCGCUCCUCCCCUCGGAAAAGCAGAUGCGCAUCUUCGAAGCCCCGCCCGUGGACACGCGUCUCGUCGUCGUCGCCACCAACGUCGCCGAGACCUCGCUCACCAUCCCCAACAUCCGCUACGUCAUCGACUGCGGUCGCAGCAAGGAGCGCAAGUACGACCUCAUCUCGGGCGUCCAGUCGUACGAGGUGUCGUGGAUCAGCAAGGCCUCUGCGUCGCAGCGAGCGGGUCGUGCCGGUCGCACAGGUCCCGGUCACUGCUACCGCCUUUACUCGUCGGCUGUGUACGAAGACCACUUCACGCAGUUCUCGAGCCCGGAGAUCUUGAGGACCCCCGUGGACGGACUGGUGCUCUCGAUGAAGGCGAUGAACAUCGAUAACGUCGCCAACUUUCCCUUCCCCACGCCGCCAGACCGUGUCGCGCUCAAGAAGGCCGAGCAGGUGCUCACCCAUCUCGGCGCGCUCGAGGCUCCAGCCGUCGCGUCGGUCAGCAUCGGCAAGAACAAACGCAAGCUCAACCACGCCCAAGUCACGGAGCUCGGACGGACCAUGACACUGUUCCCCGUCUCCCCUCGGUACGGCAAGAUGCUGGCUCAGGGUCAGCAGCACGGAUGUCUGCCUUACAUCGUGGCGAUGGUGGCAGCUCUCAGCAUCGGCGAUCCUUUCAUCCGCGAGCAGCUCAUCGAGGAAGAGUAUGGCGAACGACGACGCACCAACGACUCAGCAGACGCAGACGAGGACGGCGACGACUAUGAUCGUGCAUUUGGCAAGAUGGACGGCGAUGAGGACCUCAACGCCGAGCUUUCGAACGUCACCAACAGCGACAUGCUCGAUAAGGAGCGACGCAAAGCUCGACGAGCCAAGUACUUUGCCGCGAUGCGCAAGUUCGAAGCUCUCGGCGCGGGAUUGUCGGACACGUUCCGGCUGCUUUCCGUCGUCGGCGCGUACGAGUACGCUGGCGGAUCAACGACUUUCUGCGACAAGAACUUCCUCCGUCCCAAAGCCAUGGAGGAGAUCCAUAAGCUGCGUGCUCAACUGUGCAGUCUCAUCUCCUCGACUUUCCCGGACCUCGCCUCCUCCCUCUCCAACCCGAGACUCGCCCCGCCGAGCGAGACGCAGUUGAAAGUGAUCCGUCAGCUCAUUGCCUCCGCCUACAUCGACCAAGUCGCCGUCCGUGCAGACCUCAUCUCAAACGACAGCGUCGUAUCCAGCUCCAUCAUCCGACCAGACGAGCGGACGAAUCAGAUGCUCUUCCGCCUUCGCACCAAAGGCGGCGGCGACCGCAUGCAGUCCACCCGCGGUGUGCCGUACAAAGCGAUGGGCGUACCCGGCUUCGCCUUCAUCCACCCGACGUCGUCGUUCUACCACACCACCCCGCCGUCCUGGGUCGUCUUCAGCGAAGUGCAGCAGAGCAACUCGAAAUUCGCCAAGACGGGCACGGAGGAGGAUGCACCGGGGACGGUGUGGUUGAAGACGCUGACGAGGAUCAAUCCGGUUUGGCUGGCGACGUUGGCCAAGGGGUUGUGUAGUUUCAGCAAGCCGACGCCGGUGGGUGCAGCGGGGCAGGGGGAGGUGGAUCGGUUGAAGGCGAGCGUUCAGGCGGUGAAAGCGGGACAGGCGGCAGGGGAGACAAUGCGGGAGGUGCUGGUGACGCCGACGUAUGCGGUGGGAAGCGAGAAGGAUGGGUUGGCGGGAGGUCUCGGUUGGCAGUUGCCGGCGAUCAAGGCUAAGCAGCGGUUUGUGGAUGGACGAUGGGUGCUCAUCCUUCCUUAA